CGCAACUACGUGUCAGCGGUCGUUAGUGACGUCUCCCCUGUGGGAAGCUGGAGGAAGAGACUCUAAGGAAGGAAGGGAGGUCCCAAAUGGCAAUCACAGGACCACUCUCAUUGCGAUGUUAUAAUGCAAGCCAGGCACUGAGCGCCUGGAUUGUGAUAACUUGACUAUGAGGAUCCUGCAACAAUCACAACUACGGAUCAGUGCUGACGCCAAAAGAUGGAGCCUCCUGAGAUUACCAUAAUUGAAGGUGUGGGAGAUGAAGUGACUGUGGUGGCUGGUAUAGUGGUCCUUAUUAUGGCCUUGGUCUUGGCCUGGCUCUCUACGUAUGUUGCAGAUGGUAGCAACCAUCUUCUAGGAACUGUUGUGGCCAAUGGAGAUUCAUCAGUGAUCCAUCUAAACCCUAUUGAAAAUUAUGUGGGAAAUUCUGUUUCUGAACAAUCUGAGCCACAGAAUGCUACAGAAAAUACUGAAGAAAAGGCAGAUGAAGGUUCAGCUUCUGGCACCGGUCCAACAGUAGAGCAAGUUGACAACGGCAGUGGCUCUGAUACUUUAGACUGUCUAUUGGACAUUCAGGGUCUGCCACAAAGGACCUUGUCAAUAGAUGGUGUUUCUCAGGAAAGUCAGGGAGUUCCACAAACAGUAGCCAAUAUGGAGGAAAGUGAGCCAAACACAGGAUUCAUCAAAGUGCGUCUCAAAUUCCUCAAUGAUACAGAAGAAGUGGCUAUUGUAAAGCCAGAAGACACCAUAGGCAUACUGAAGAGCAAAUAUUUCCCAGGCCAGGAAAGUCAGAUGAAAUUUAUCUACCAGGGUCAACUGCUACAAGAUCAGGCACGGUCUCUGCAGUCCCUCAAUAUACUGGACAAUUGUGUAAUCCACUGUCAUCUCUCCCAGACCGUUUCUGCCAUUCCUGACACUGUGGUAGCACCAUCAGAAGCUGGGGGGAUUACUUUGAGCAUGAGUGACUUGAUGAUUCCCAUUUUUAUGCUGAUGCUGGCAGUGAUCUGGUAUUUCCGCAUCAACUACCGCCAGUUAUUCACAGCACCUGCCACCAUUUCCUUGGUUGGAGUGACUGUAUUUUUUAGUUUUCUUGUUUUUGGGAUGUAUGGACGGUGAGCAGCUACGGAACAAGAAAAAAUUCAGCUACCUUUUCAAUCAAAAUCCUUUUUAUCUGAUAUAACCUACAGCACCAAGCAAUGUUCUUACCCAGAAUUCUACAAAUUGAAAAAAGGCUCUACAGUUGAAAAAGAAAACAAAAUCUUAACUUAAUUUCUACAAUUUCUGUGGCUAUGUCUGGAUAUUUUUGAAACCAUUAGUAAAAGAUGAAAAUAUGACACAUGAAGAAGAAUAAGGCAUCAUUAGUUCCUCUGCUUUCCAUUACUUGGUUUUCACUUAAAACAUAAUUCUCUUCCAUCAUCUAUGUCUCUAAGAACAAUUUGACUGAUCACACCAGAGUUUUCUUCAUACAUCUAAUUCUACAAUGAUUAGAAAGUUAUUCAUGAUUGGCCUGAAAUCCAAUUCCUGUCUUAUAUGCCCUUGGACAUCUUCCGAAUCCCCCAAUAGUGGAGGAUUUUUAGCUUAAAUGUUUGCCUAAUUAAUUUGUUGCUUCUUGGACAAGCAUAGAAGGAAUGAUCUUGAUGCACAUUUCUUUUAUUAAUUCCACUGUGUCCAAUUAUCUAGUGGUAAAGCAAUGACCCAGUGCACUCUAUGAAUGCCAGUGAGUGGAACAAAUGGAUUAUAUACUGCAGUUCACAUAGAUUAAUAUCUCAAAUUCAGGUAUUUUUGAACUGUGUUCUGAAGAGAGGCUGAGGCUGUACAUUUGCUGGGGACUACACAUUUAGUCAGUCCCUGGCAGAAAUAUGCAUGCAUGUUGAUGGGUAAAGCAGUGAGAUUGCAAGCUGUAUGCCAAUUUGGUGCACCUUGCGCUUGCUUGGAAAAAGAUAACAGCUGCAUUUAGAGCUUCCUAUCAACUGUUUAGGCAGUUUACCUUUUGUAGGUAAGAUAUAUGUUGACAUGUGCCUGCCCAGUCACACAGAAGAAAAGUCUGUCUGCUGUCAUCAAUAUUUUUGAAUGCUAUUCAUAUGUAGGUUAAUCUAGUUAUAGUUUUAAACUCCAUUGAUUCUAUUCUUUGAAGCAUGAUUACUUCAAAUAAAUUUUCUUGUAGAUAGGAAUUAAUCAAAGUGUUAAAGUUAGGUUACUGCCAUGGAAUUCACUGCUACAAUUCCCAGUAUCUGAGCUAGAACAGAUAAUUAUUACUGAGAGCUGGGUUUUUCAUUGCAAAGAAAUGUUAAAGAUAGGAUUAGAUAUUAAAUUAGACCCAAAGUUGUAAAAAUUGCAGACUUAAAUAUCCAAUUUAAUUACCGGUGCCAAGCAAAAAUGUUUUAACUGCUCCUCAAAGCUACCCUGUAAUGCUUUCAGCUGCUGUAGUUUCUAAAAUCAAGGCAUUAAGAAUAGAUUAACAGAAAAUGGUUUUUGACCUGAGGCUUGUUAGAUGCUUUGGAAUGUAUAAGAGUGUACUAAGUUCUUGUUAAGAAAUCUUUUUUUAACCUUUCUGGCUACUUCAAAACUGUAUUUGUGGGCAUGCAUACAGAAUAGCAGUGAUUAUGCAUGUACAUGAAUAGGGACACAACUGGCUGCCUCCAAAGAAGUUGUCUAAAUCAAGAAAAAUGGCAUUGCUGUUGGAAAAAAAGUGCUCCAUAUGUAUUUCGGUACACUAAAAAGCACUCUUGGGGAAUUUGUACAGCUCUAAUUUUAAGUACAUCUUUGCUUGAUAUGUUGUCUGAAAUGUAUAACUUGUAAAAAAAGAAAAAUGUAUAAAUAUUGCUGGAAAUUGUCUUUUCUGUGCAUUCACUCUAAAUUGGAGACUAGAAAGUAAAAGCAAACCUGUAAAUAACUAAAUAAUUUGAAUGGUUAGAUGGGGCCAUUUUGCUAAUGCUUAUUCAUAGGCAACCAGGUAAAAUAUUUCUAAGUGACUUGUUUGAAUAUACUUGCAAGUCUGUUAUAGCAAAUAAAGA